AAGUUAUAAAAAUAUGGUGUUUUGUGGUUCAAAACGCAAAGGAUCUCAAGUAGAUCCAGGUGUAUGCUCCCGUUUCCUGACACUUCGCCUUGGCGAUAAAAUAGACUGAUUGAAACGUACUGAUCCUAUGCAACUAGUGUUUGGUGCAUCUGCGUGAAAUUUAUGAACAAACAAUUGGCCAAACGCCAAUUUAAGUUUAUGUGAAGUUUAAGAGUGAGAAAAUAUAUAUUGAAAGGUUUUGAUACUAUGUAUUAGUAAUCGUUAGUAGCGGCAGAUAGUAGAACGUUACGCAUGGGAAACCCUGCAUGUAAAUAACCUACAACAGAACGAUAUGACCUUGAUCGAAUUUAGUAACUUCUGAACCGCAGAUCGUGAUGUGAAAUGUUUAUCUUUGAAAUUGGUUCUGCCAUUUUUAAUUUUAUUUCAAUGUUCUUGUGAUUACAAGUGAGUGUAGUUGAACGGAGCGUAUAUAAUACAUAUUGAACUUUUUUUCUGCAGCAAAAAUACUUGCUCAAACAUUUUCCGAGCACUUUAACCACGUGUAAGCACUAACCGACAUGGCGGACCUAUCCAAAAAGGAAUGGGAACAUUACGAGCGCCCCGAGCAGAGCCACGUAUUCAAGCAGAUCGCCACUGUCAUGCGAAAGGGUAUCUCCCCAGAGGAAGUGGCUGAAUUCUACAGCAAGUGGGCGGGCGACCUUGAGUAUGAAAAGGAACUUCCGGCCGACGUGUACAACGCGCCAAUAGUGACGGCGGAGGCGGCGGCGGAUGGACUGACUGAAGUACAGCGAGCGGAGGCGCGGGUGUUGGACGUGGCCGCCGGAACCGGCAUGAGCGGAGACCGGCUGCGCGCGCACGGCUUCCGGCACGUGGACGCCCUGGAUCCAUCGGAAGGGAUGUUGGCCAAGGCCCGGGAGAGGGAGCUGUACGAUAAAUAUAUAUGCGCCUUUAUAACCGACCAACCUCUGGAUAUACCCGAAAAUACUUAUGACGUGCUGACAGUGAGCGCGGGUCUGGGGGAGGGGCACAUCAAGUGUUGCGCACUCACAGAGAUGAUCCGCCUUGUAAAACCAGGUGGCGUAAUAGUGAUCGUGACGCGUUUCCAGCACCUGGAGUCGGUUGAGGAGUAUCGUGGGCGGCUAGAGCCGCUCAUGGACCAAUUCGAAAAGGAAGGCCGUUGGCGCCGUAUGGAGCGGCGCGUGUUUCCGGGAUUCUUCCUGGACAAGGAGGGAAUAUUGUGGAAGUACCAGGUCUGCUAGAUCAAGCACCGAUCGUAAAUUGUUGCGUUGUGAUUGCAUUGACUACGUUGACAUAGGAAUGAAGUUAUUACGCAUUCAUGGUUAUAAGGAAUUAAUAGUCAUUGCACAUACAUAUUACGUUUGUUUACUGUUGUGGUUGCUAAUGCAUAAGCACUAUGUGUUCAGUACUUAGCCUUAGAAAUGCUAUUGGUAUUUAUCACUGAACGUUUAGUUUAUCUGAUUGUAUCGCGUAAAAUACUCAAUUUUUUUUUUCAUUCGAAAUAGUGAUUUGUCAUCCCUCCAUGUUGCAAAAAUGAUAUUACACACAUAUUAACUCAACUUUUGACUGUUUUCCCUAUCUCUUCUCGUUCUUUCUAAGCCGAAAAUUUGGGCGUUUUUUCCUUCUUGAAGGCGCGGUUUAGACAUUAUAUCAAGUAACUCCUCUUGUUUUGGUGCUCUUCGAGUGAACAAAAUUGAAUACGUUAUCCCUUCUACAUUAUUGACAGUUCAGACAUUUGCGUUGUGUUAAUCAAUGAAAUCGAUUUACAAAAAGUGUGGCUGUGAUAUUUUGUUUUACGGCUCAAAAAUAACAGAACAGAACAGAA